AUGACAGCACUUGGCGUGAACGCUCAGCCUGCCGACCUUCAAGUCAUUAUCCAGAAAGGGACACCGACAGCAGAUGUCAGCGGAGCUGAGCUGGACGCAGCAAAGAGGGUGCUGGCUUUUCUGAAGGGCCAGAUCGGCGGCGAUGAAAUCCAAACGUUACUUGCAGGCGAGAUCGCGGCUGCCAACACAUACUGGCAUCAGCUGCUCGCCAAUUCGACAGGCCAGUGGACACCAGUUGAGGCCCAAGCGAAGGCGGUCGUAGACCCCAGCAUCCUGAACUCCCAGUCGUUUGCCAAGUGGAUGGAGUCAGCAGGCAACGGGUAUCCCAACGACCUGAUCGCAGGGCACCCAGAGAUCUACUUCGAAGAAGAGCCGUCGAACGUGAUCCAAAGCUGGGGCGGCGGUCCCAUCACACAGUUCUCGCAUGACCCGGUUGACAAGCAGCCCUUCAUGCCCGACCUCCUUGGAUGGAACAUCACCGCAACGGUUUCGCAGACCUUGCGUGACAAUACGACCUUUAGCUACGCCGUUAGUGCUAUCAAGGAGGACGCUGACGGUUUUGCGCUUUACUUUGCAGUCUAUCUGCCUAUAAAUGCGCCGGAGGACCGCGUGGUUGGGCUGAGGAAUUAUCUCACCGUCGAAUGUACGAACUGGUUGAAAUAUGCGUACCAGUUUGCCACUAGAUAG